GUUUGCAGCCGUUUUCUCUCCCCUGUAGGGAGAACCUGAGCUGCACACUGGAGCCGCCUUAAAACGGGGCUCUGGGGGCCCCUCUACCGGGCCCCCCUCGGACUUUAUCAGUGGAGUUUUAUUUUUUUUUAGUUCAUAUUUUAUUUUUGUUUAUGAGAGAGAAAGAUACCUCUUUUCAAAGAGAGGGACAGCUCAUGAAAGCCUGAAACUUUCUGAAAAGUGAAUAACUUCCGGCGCUCCUUAUCCAGUCCGUGUGGACUUCCUCACCCCGUUGGUGGGAAACUUAGAUGUCUUGUUUCCCAUCGCUCCUGGGUCGGAAACCUCCUUGGAGUCUCCACUUGGCACCCGGGAGUCGGGGUACAAUUGCUGGAGCUUCUCGCACCCGUGGCUACCGAGGUAGAAGAUUCUGGAAACACUCUUCCCCUGUGGGCACAGGUUAAGCCUGAAGGACUGCCGAGAUGACCAAAGCACUAGCCACCAAGAAGACACAGAACCCCCCCAACGCGGGGGCCCUCUGUCCCUUUUACACCUCAGAACUGCCAUCGCAGGUCCUGGAGAAGCCAAUGAGGAGCAUCAAGUACAUGGAGAAGGAAAUAAUAAACCUCAAAAAAGACCUUAGACGAAGCCGCUUCCUGAUCCAGUCCGUGAAGAUAGGCCGCGGGUACUUCACCAUGCUGCAGGAGGAGAGCGCCUGGAAGAAGAGGCAGCAGCAGCUCCAGAAACAGAGAGAGGAAGAAAGACAUAAGUUCCAACCGGCCAAAAGGGUCUCAGACCUCCAUUACAGGGAUAUUCUUUUGGCCACGCACGAUGGCGAGAAGAUCAAGAAGCUGGGGGCCAGCACCCUGUUCCGCCCGUUCACCCCCAGGCACAGCUGCAUCAUCGCGCCCUUGCUGCCCAAGGCUCACGUGGAACCCCUCUUCCGCCAGCUCUGUGCCCUCCACUGGCUUCUGGAGGCCCUGACCAUUGACCACACCCACCACACCAUGAAGCCCUUGAUCACCUGCUGGAACCCCAAGGACCCAGGUGGAAGCAAGAGCACGAUAAAAAAAAUCAACAAAGAGAAGACCACCGGCCAGAGGUGGGAGCAGUUCAUCACGGUGCCGAAGACCAAGAAAUUUAAACUCCCUCCGCUCCGCAUAAGCCGCAAACCCAGCCGGCGAGGCUCCACGCUCAGUCUGUCCCGGGCCAGUGGGGCGUCAUCUCCCCAGAGCAGCGUGAUCUCCGUGAACGCCGGCUCAGAGGAGCCCGCUAACGUGGCCUUCCAGGGCACGGGCAGCAAGGACGAGGACAACGAAUCGUCUUCCACCAAGCCAGAAGAAGAACAACUCCACAUCAAUCUGCAGAAGCUCCUGGAGAUGGUUGGGGAGGACGCCCGGAGGACGGUCACGAUGGAGAAUGAGAUGCGAAAAGUAGCGCCCAGUUCCUUGUCUACGAUGAGACAAAAGAGCGAUUCUGCCUAUAAAGACAUGCAGACCACCCGCAAAUCAAGUGACAGAUCCAGCAGUAAAAGCGCAGAAAGCCACAGCCAGCCCACUCAGAAGAAGUCUAAAGGCCGCACCAAUCGCGACCUCAUCCACUACAAGAGCAGCGUGUGCAGCACCAUGAAGGCCAAGUUCUACAGUGUGGCCCAGGAGGCCGGCUUCUGUCUACAGGACAAGAUGGAAAUCCUCAUGAAGCGCCAAGAAGAGAGAGGUCUCCAGAAGUUCCACGCUUUUGUCCUCGUCUCGAAUUUCCAGAAGGACGUAGCAAAAAUGAGACAUAGAGUCUCCGUGGUAAAAGGACGCGUAGAAGAGGUUGCCGACCACUGGUACUUUGAUCUUCUGUCCAAACUCCCGGAAGACCUGAAGAAUUUCCGCCCCGCCAAAAAGAUCCUGGCAAAACUGCAGAAGUUUGGGGAAAACCUGGACCUGAGGAUCAGGCCCCACGUCCUCCUGAAGGUUCUGCAGGACCUGAGAAUCUGGGAACUGUGCUCUCCUGACAUUGCCGUGGCCAUCGAGUUUGUGCGAGAGCACAUCAUCCACAUGCCCCAGGCGGAUUACAUCACCUGGCUGCAGAACCGGAUCAGCAACCCCAUCCGGCCCCACAGCGUCCAGAUAUAGCUGGGGCCUGAGUCGCCCAGCCGUCCCCGGGGAGGAGGUCUCCACUGUGCUCCUGCUCCCUGCCUCCUCUCCUG